UCGAUGGCUCAUCACAGAGAGAAUGAAAGAUGCCGCUUUUAGGGAAGAAAUCUUACAAGCCAAGCCCGUUUCCGAAUGAUCUGAAGUCUGAGGAAGAGGUUUUUGUCAUCAAAGAGACGAAUGAAGUCUUCAGGUCGUACGAUGAAUAUGUAAACCGUAUCCUUUUGUAUGGAUUUCAAAUCUGGAGCUGUCAGUUUACCGGUAAAACAAACCUGAAGUAUGAAGAAGCUGUAGCAAGUGAAGAACAGGCACUGAAAAGACUAGAGAGCUUUCCAAAGUAUUUUGAGAAAACAGUUUUGCAGAUUGUGCAUCACAGUACAAGAACACUGCAAACUCUGGUACAAGAGUGUUACAAACAACUGGAAAAAGAAUUUUCGCCAAAUGAACCAGUAGAGUGUUUGGUCAAUGGGAAAUGGCUUCUAGGAAAAAUUUUGCAAAUUCACCACGGAGACAAGUAUGAAAAUAGCACUGAUAAAACAUAUGACUUUGAAUCUGGUGAGAUACAUGACUGCUUGAAGAGCAUUCCACCGGAGGAAAUCAGACGUGUUAAGAAAAUCCCGUCAGAAGAGUUGCUUAAAUGCUUCAUAUGUGUCAACACCCAAAACCCUUGGAGGAGUGAUAACAGCCCUUGGGUGGUUAAGAGCGAUAUGGCAAAGAAGUAUUCCCUUGCUGAAAAAUAUAAUGAUUUCUCUUUGGUAUUGGGCAAGAAAACAACACCUUUGUCUAAAACUCCCUCAAAAGGCCACAAGAGCAACAAGAAACAAAAAAAGGAGAAAACUUCUGACAAGAACACAUCACAAGGGAAGUCCCAAGUGAAGAAGACUGGCUUUAUGCAGAAAAAACUUGACUCCUUUAGAACAAGCAGUAAUGGCAAAGAUAUCACUGUGAGCCUGGCAAAGAUGUCUGACAAGUCGCAUAAAAAGGUAACACCAUCAAAGAAGAACUUCAUCGACAUUUGUUCAAGUCCUGAUAAAGAUAAUGACAAGACACCAUCUAGUCAACUGCAUGGUACUCCAAUUAAAUGCAGAUUGGUUCUAACACCUAUCAAAUCACCUCAAGUUACAGCUGCAAAGAGUAUCACUCCUGAAAGAAGUGUUGUAAGUAAAGACAACAUAAACAUGAAAAAUAUGGCUGUUGGAGAAACUGCAAAUGAUGUUGUCAUCACAGGUUGUAAAACAUCACAGACAUUUUUCUCUCAGCCAAGUAAAAAAGUCAGGAGUUCUCCUAAACAGGACAAAUGUGAAAAGUCCCGAGAUGGUAAAGGGGUGUUGAACAAGAAAUCAACAAAGAAAGGAAACAUUUCAAAAAAAUUAUCAAUAGUUAAAGGUACUAGCCUGAAGGAGAAGAGGCUUACUUAUGGAAUGGAAUCAGUAAAAAAGAAGGCAAAACUAGAUGUUUGUGUGCCAGAAGUGGAGUCAGUGAUUGUGGACAAUGAUUCUGAUAAGGAUUUUCAAUCCUCUUCUAACAAGAUUCCAGCCAAAUUGAAGCAAUCAAGUGGAAAAAUGAGACAAAGAACAUUGUUGGACCUCACUAAGAAGCCUGAAGAAGAGAAGGUUGCAUUCCUGUCUUCAAAGAUGACAGCCAAAAAACAGAAAACUUUGGCUGAAAUGUUUAGUGCUGCCUUCAGGAAGGAGAAACCAGACCAGGUGAUAAAUGCGUUAAUUCGGAAAACAGCUAAAGUAGUGUCUUCACCAAGCUGUCUUGCUCUUGAUCUUUCGACUCCUCAACGGGACCAUGUCACAGAGAAAUGGCAUGCACAUAAAGAAAGAUUAAACAGGAAGUUUAGUUCAAAGGUAAAUGGACUUUUGAAGAAAUGUGAAGACAGUGAUCUCAUAGAUGCUAAACCGCUCCCACCUUGUAAACCAGUGAACGUACCCAUGGAAAUCACAGCUGAGAUGUUUGGUGAUAUAGCUAUGAUAGCAGACUUUGUGCAUACCUUCUGUGAUCUUCUUGCUCCUCGGGAAACUCUGCAUAUCUCUAUUGGAAACAAAAGCAAGCCAAGCAAAGGGAGAAGAAUGAUAAGAUAAGAGAGGAAAAGGAGAGGCUGAGGAAAGAAAAACAGGAGAUGGAAAAAAAGAAAGAAGAAGAAGCAAACAAAAAGCAACUCAAGGUGGAUGAGCUAAGUAUGAAAGAAACUGGAACAGAGUGUGUCACUUCAGAACCCCUUGGUUGUGGUCCAGAGAUGGAGAUAUCCAACAAAAUGGAGGAGAAGAGAGAAAAACAGAAAGGUGAAGUUUCCCUGAGAGCAGAACAGGACAGGCAGAGUUAUGAAGUUGUUGAAACUUUGAGGAAAAGAAGAGAAGACAUGGCUGCAAAAGACCUCAUCAAUGAGAAGAAACUAAAAGAGAAGGAGGAGAGACUUGCAAAAGAAGAAGAGGAACAGUUGAAUCUGAACAUGGCUCAGUGUCUGUAUUCUUUGAGAUUAAAACCCAUAGGAUGUGAUCGCAACCAUGGCCGUUAUUGGGUGUUCAAUGGUGUGGCACCAGGGGUUUUUGUAGAGUAUGGUUGGAGAAAUUUAGAGGAUCUAGCAAUACCCACUAAGGGUGUUUCUAAAGUGGAGAAAGAAGUUGGAGACACUGCAGAUGCAACCAUUGAAACAGAAAAUAAGAGUGAACAGUGUGAAGAGGGAAGUGUCAUUGAAAUGGUAGAAGAGACUAAAGUUGAAAGAAAGAUGGACUCUUGUGCUAAAGAUAAUGAGAAAGAAUCAAGGUUGACUGAUGUUCCAUAUGAAUGGUCCUGCUACAGUACUGUUGAAGAAGUUCAGGCUUUGCUUUCCUGUUUGUCAAGUCAGGGUAUCAGGGAAAGUGAGUUAAAGAAGACUCUCAAAGAAAAAUUGCCAGAAAUCACUGAAGGAAUUGUUAAAAGGAAAUUUUUGGCUCAAGGUCUUUACGUAAGGAUUGAGCACAGUGAUGUCCAUACGUCAUAA